GGGCUGAGUGUGGGGGCCAGGGGAGCGGCUGUAAGCAGAGACGUGGGGGCCAGACUGGAGUAAAUGCUGGUUUGGGGUAAUUAGAAAGCACAUAAUUAGAAGGCGGCAGGGGCUAGGCCGUGAGUGUCUGUGAACGCAGAGGGCGGGUGGGUCCUCCCUGGAUUUGAGUCUGGGCCUUUGGACCCCCAUUGUGCUCCUGGAAGCCUCAAGAUCACGGCUCCCUGUCCGUCUGGAGGUUUCCCCCUAGCUGGCCUCAGGCCCAGAGCCACUGCCAGUGACCUGGAGAGUCCCGUGGUGUGACCACUGCCCCUCCUCCCCUGUGUGGUAACUCAAGCCUGGGGGCAGGCGGGGUAGGCCGUCCAGCGAGGGAGGAUCGGUUUCCUCCGGCUCCUUUUCCAGUAGGUACCCAAGAGAGGAUGGGAGCCUGGCCACCAUAACCACCCCUCAGGAGUCCCAGGUCUGACCCUGGCCCAGAAGAUGCAGUGACACAUCCCACCUUCCGCAGAGAAGUCGCCGGGCUGGGGGCUGCGGGGCCGGAGGAUGAAGCUGAGGAUGAAGUUGCGCCCUCCCCCACACUGGGCCCUGUCCUGCCUCCUUGUGGUGCUGCCCUGGCCUCUGGCCGCACCAACGUCAACAACCCGCCCAGGGCAGUGCCCGCCCGGGGAGGAGCCCAACUUGGACCCGGGGCAGGGCACACUAUGCAGGUCCUGCCCCCCGGGCACCUUCUCAACCUCCUGGGGCUCUAGCCCAUGCCAGCCCCACUCCCGCUGCAGCCCUCGAGGGAGGCUGGAGGCCCAGGCGGGCACAGUGACACGAGACACACUAUGUGGAGACUGCCAGCCUGGGUGGUUUGCCCCCUCAGAGGUCCCCCGCGUUCCCUGUCAGCCGUGCCCCUGGAUGCCUCUGGGUACUCGUGCUUGUCAUGAGCGGGUGCAGCGGGCCCGACGCGGUGUGGCGGUGGCAGCAGGGGCUGGCAGCACCGAGGAGACCCGGCAGCCCGGGAACGGCACACGGGCGGGUGGACCCGAGGAGACGGCUGCCCAGUACGCGGUUAUUGCCAUCGUGCCUGUUUUCUGCCUCAUGGGGCUGCUGGGCAUCCUGGUGUGUAACCUGCUCAAGCGGAAGGGCUACCACUGCACAGCCCACAAGGACGUCGGGCCUGGCCCUGGAGGUGGAGGCAACGGGAUCAACCCUGCAUAUCGGCUUGAGGAUGCCAAUGAGGACACCAUAGGGGUCCUGGUGCGUCUGAUCACUGAGAAGAAAGAGAAUGCAGCAGCCCUGGAGGAGUUGCUGAAGGAGUACCACAGCACACAGCUGGUGCAGACCAGCCACGGGCCUGUGCCCAGGCUGCCGCCCGGACGCCCCAGCAUGCCACACAUCUGUCCGCAUGGCCACCACCUCCACACUGUGCAGGGCCUGGCCUCGCUCUCUGGCCCCUGCUGCUCCCGUUGCAGCCAGAAAAAGUGGCCCGAGGUGCUGCUGUCCCCUGAAGCCGCAGCUGCCACCACUCCCACUCCCAGACUCCUGUCCAACCCGGCCAAGGGUCCCAAGGCCGGCGCCAAGGCAGGACGCCAGGGCGAGAUCACCAUCUUGUCUGUGGGCAGGUUCCGCGUGGCCCGAAUUCCUGAGCAGCGAAUAAGUUCCGCGGCGUCUGAGGUGAAGACCAUCACAGAGGCCGGGCCCUCAGGGGGUGAGCUCACUGACUUCCCACCGCCUGACCUCCCUCCCGAGCAGCGGACACUGCUGGGCAAUGCUGGAAGUCACACGAAGUGGCCGAAGCCCCCGUUAGAGAAAAAGGCUGAGGAGAACCGCUAUGUGGUCCGGCUAAGUGAGAGCAACCUGGUCAUCUGAGGGGCUGUGUGGUCUGAGGACACUGCCGCCGGCCUGGGAGGGGCCGCAGGCUUCCUGCAGGAGGUGCAGCUGUGGCUGCGCCUGCGACAGUGGAGAAGCAACGGCCCAGCAGACAAAACAGCCAAGGCCAGGCCUGGAGGUGGGACGUCCACCGCAGUGAGGAGACAGACCCGCUGGGGGGCGCCAUGUAGAGGAGCAGGGUGCAAGCCCCUCCCCCGUCCCUGCCACCUUCCCGCCCCUGCAGGAUGUCCCUGCCCCCGUGCCCUGGCCAGAUCCUAGGAGCCCACAAGCAGGAUCACCUGUACACAGGAGGCCAGGCCUGACGGUGGGGGGAGGGGGCCCUCUGCGUGGCAUGCCUGGCCCCACAGCUUGGUCAUUAGCCACCUCCUGCCUCUGUACAGGGCCCUAGAGCAGAUGUGCCUCCCCGUCCUCUUCCGGCAGGACCUGUAAAGGGAAGGGGCGACGAAACACCGUGGGCGGGGAGGCUGAAUUCCCGGGUUCUAAUCCCGGGCGAGUCCCCAGCCAUCACUGGGUCCCAGUUCUGACUGUGAAGCCUCCGUGCCCGGGGCCUCCCCAGCUCCUCGCUGGCUCUGGGCUGGGUCGUGUUCGGGGGGAGCUUGGCUCCUUGCCACCCCCCCCCCAGUAGUUUUAUCUGGCCCCAUCAUUUGCUGCUUUCAGGGCUUCCACCGCCAAGGCCCCCAUGGGGCUGCCCAGCCAUGGCUCUGCCUGCAGAAGGGGCUUAAUGCAUGUGCCUGCCCCCCCAUCCUGCUGUUUUUAUUACAAUUUUAUUCAAAAACAGACUUGACCUGGGCAGGGCUGUGGUACAAAGCCCCAGCCUGCCCAGCCACCCCAAGAUCUCAGGAACUUCGGGGUAGGGGUGUGACUGGCUGGAGAGGCUCCUCUGGCCUAGGUGGUUUGUGUCCCUGUGGUGUCGGUGCGUCUGUCCCCCAGCCUGGGCAGUGCGGGCGACUGCCCAGCCCGUCUCCAUCCUGACUCAGUAACCUGGUUAUUUAUGUGGAGCUGUGCAGGCAACAGGCCCCACUGCCGUCCCCAUUUCUCUUAUUUAUUUACAUUUUGCUGUUGUCCUGUGCUUGCAUAUCCAUCCCCAUCCAUUUGUUGAAUAAAAGGUGGGAAAGUGG